GUUGUUGUUGUUGAGCAGCGUUUUCUCGUCGAAACUAUGGAAACAGUGAAGACGACGCUGGUGGAUUUGAAGGGUGUUAGUUUUUAUCGUGUAUUUGUGUAAAAAAAACAUUUUAAAAACAUGGAGAAUUACAGGGAACAGGUGAAGGCGGACUGUGAGCAGAUUCUCGGCCGCUUCCAAGAAAAAGAUUCUGUUCGUUUCCAGGUUUUUGCCACAAUUUGGAGGGAAAUGAACUUCUCACACAUUUUCUACGGCGCAGUGAAGCGCGAGGGCCGAGCGUUUGUUCGUUUGAUUCUGGACACGGCCUAUGGCUACUUCCUGCCGCCGUUCAGCUUCCAGAUCAGAGUGGGAGGUCUUUACCUGCUGUACAGUCUGUACCAGUGUCAGACCAACGCACGCCGCAAGCAGAUCCGUGUCGCGCUGAAGGACUGGGACGUAGUGAAGAAGUUUGAGAAAGACGCCGUGGACGCUCAGCACGUGGACGCCGUCUACAUCCUGCGACGGCUGAUGUUCCUGAAGGCGUUCCACUUCACUGCCAUGCCCACGCUGCUUGACUACCAGAAGCGCAGGAAUGUGGUGAAGUCGACCUUUUGUGAGAAUUUCAUGGAUCGAUCGUCGCAUCUGCCGGAAAUUAUCAACACCGAGCUGCUGGAGGAACUGUCCAACGUUCACACCAUGUACACGGAGCUGAAGUCGUCGGUGUUUCCGCCGCCACAACAGACGGAUUCUUCCGUGGACCUGAUCCACAGAGACAUGGUUCCACAGCUGCUCAGCACCGUGAAGGAUUUCUACAAGUGGCGGCAGAGGAAGGACACGAGGACAGCUGAGGCCAAAGACAGUGGCGAGGGAACGUCGUCCGGACAGGAGAGCUCCAAAAGAGCCCGGCUCAUCGCUUCCAUCAAAUCAAAGGCUUAUGGAGAGGCAGCAGAGGCGUCCAAGUCGCGUCGCCAUCGGCAGGUGGAGGUGAAUUUCAGCAGCAGCGAGGCCGGACCCUCCUUUAAACCGGUCUAUACCAGGAUUAACAGACCGUCGCUCAAAGCCAGAACCAAAGACAACGUCCACAUAAUAAGUAAAGUGUGGAAAGAUGCCACAGGGACCACAAAUGUCAGUCGUCUCACGAGUCUGGAGUUGGAUCGUGCAGAAAUAAAAAGUUUGCGGGAAAAUUCCAAGUAGAAUUGACGCCGACACAGAAAACCUUCAGUCUGGACCGGAGCUGCUGAUCAGAGAAAACACUCACAUGUUUUAUUCUAUUUCUAUUAUUUUAUUCUAUGUGUGAAACUGAAGAAACUGAAGAAAAAAAGAAAGUUUUUACCUGUAAAAAUGUUUUAAUUUAUGACAGUUUGUGUAAAGACAACGCUGUGUAACGUCA